ACAAGCAAAGCCUGUAUAUAUUCACACUGGCACCUGACAAUGCACAACAGAGUUUGGGGAAGAGCUCCAAUCUGAGAAGUUGAUAAAGCAAUACAUACGAAGACGUACCAUAGGCAACUUCUCAACUGUUAAAUACCUACCUUGAGUGAUAGACAGAAAUAUUGGACAAUCACGAACCUCUUUGAGACAUUGCAUGGAAGAUUUGGAAACCAGCUUGGAGUCACACAAGACUGAUUGGAUUUUUGACCCCAGACAAAGACCUUCACAGCAACACACAGCCAAGAGGAAGAGCUUCUCCACAAAGAUGGUGGCUUUACCCUUGCCUCUUCGUCCUGCCCUAUUGUUCUUAGUCCUGAUGAGUGUGACACUGAUGACAUCUGCAUUUCCCCAGCCUCAACUUCGACCUCUGCAAAGUAACUUGCGUGCUAUUGGUGAAGAGGACUCCAAAGGUGAACAGUGGGAAGUUCUGUACCCCUCCAUCUCACUCCGUGACUGGAGCAUUCAGAUGCUGACCGCCCCAGAUUUUGGUGCAGCUAAGGCUGGGACAGAACAGCUGGUGGGGGAUGAUUGGCUUCCCCUCAGCCAGUCACAGAUGGAGGAGGAGCUGGUGAAGGGCUGGCCGGGCAACUGGCCUUCACGGGUGGGUCACCAGCAGAAGAGAAACAUAGUAGUAGCAGAUGAUGCUGCAUUUAGAGAGAAGAGUAAGCUUUUGACAGCAAUGGAAAGACAGAAAUGGCUCAAUUCCUAUAUGCAGAAACUCUUAGUAGUUAAUUCUAAGUAAUUAGAAUGUUUAUGUUAUUGUAUAUAUAUAUAUCAAAUAUGUUGAAAAAAAUUAAAUUUCAUGUGGGAGAAAAACACAUUUGAUUGUCCAGAUAAUGUAAACAAGUUAAAGGGUUAGUUCAACCAAGAAAACAAAAAACAAAAAAACUGUUCUAUACUCAUGCAUUUUAAUCCCGUAUGAUUUUCUUUUCUGCCUGGUACACAAAAAGUAAUAUUUAGCACAAUGUCCCACCUGCUUUUUUUCCAACAAGAAAGUGAAUCGAAAUGAAAUGACAUGAGGAUGAGAACUUAAUUUUUUUUGGGUGAUCUGUCCCUUUAAAAAACAACUCUUGAAACAAAUUUAAAAAAAAUGUAUGUAGUUUUCUCCUUUUUUUUUUUUUGGAUGAUCUUUGAAUAAGGAAAAUGCAUGAUGUGUUUGUUGGUCUGAUUAUGAUUUGAAUAAACACCUGAAAACUAAUGGGAUGCAUGGAAUAUGAGCGGCCAUAAUAGAUUUACACAC